AGUUAUCUAAGCGGUUAAUUUGCCGGUAAUUGGAUUGUAUCAAGUUUUAGCAUGAAUCAUUUUUGUUCGAUGAUCUUGUUACUGCAAUUAUUUGCAAUGAGUCAAUGGCUGGGUACAGCCAGCCAGAAUAUAGCUAACAAACAAAAUACUAUUCCUCUCUUUUUUUAACUCAAGUCGAUACUAUGUCUUCUGAAAUCACUCUUGAUACUAUUAUCGAAGCAGCACAACGUAUCAAAGUACACAAGACGCCUGUACUAACCAAUAAAACAAUCAGUCAGCUUGCCUCUCUUGAAGAGCAACCGAUAGAUUUAUUCUUCAAGUGCGAAUUGUUUCAAAAGACAGGAUCUUUCAAAUUUAGAGGUGCCAGCAAUGCAAUUGCCUUACUAUCACAUGAAACAGCUGCCAGCGGUGUAGUGACUCAUUCCAGUGGCAAUCAUGCCCAAGCACUUGCAUUAGCAGCGAAGACAAAAGGCACACCUGCCUACAUAGUUAUGCCUCGUACGGCCCCUACCAUCAAGAAAGCUGCUGUUAUUGGUUAUGGUGCGCAAGUGAUCGAAUGUGAACCAACUCAAAUUGCUCGCGAAGAAGCAGCCCAAAAAGUCGUGUUAGAAAAAGGUGCAACAUUAAUUCAUCCUUUCAAUGAUCCCAAUGUCAUAGCAGGUCAAGGUACAAUAGCCGUAGAAUUAUUGUCACAGGUGAAAGAUUUAGAUGCCCUAAUUAUACCUGUCGGUGGUGGUGGAAUGUUGACAGGUUGUUCUAUUGCCGCCAAAAGUCUUUGUCCAUCCUUACGAAUAUUUGCAGCCGAACCUGAAGCUGUUAAUGAUUGUUAUCGCUCCUUCAAAAACAAGCAUCAAGAAACCAACGAAAAAGCAAUUUCUGUAGCGGAUGGUUUAUUAACCAACUUGGGGGAUAUUGCCUAUUCCAACAUACAUCAAUACGUGGACGAUGUGUUUACGGUGUCAGAGAAGCAGAUUAUUAAUACAAUGGAGCUAGUUUGGGAAAGGAUGAAGCUUUGUAUUGAACCCAGUGCUGCUGUUGGCGUAGCGGUGGCUAUUCACAACAAAGAAUUUAAAGACACUUUAAAGAGAUUGCAUAUUCAACGUAUCGGUGUCAUUCUUUGCGGUGGAAAUGUAGAUGUUCUUCAAGCGACUGCAUUAUUUGAGCAAUACAGAUAUGAAGAGGGGAAAAGCGCAUAGAUGGACAAAAUAAAGCUUAAUGAAGAUUACUCUUAAAACAAUAAUAUACAUUUUCUUCGUAGUACGUACAUGUAGUAUAUUUAUGGAGCAGUAUUGUAUGGUACAUUACGCUUCAUCUGUUUAUCUAUCAUUUGCGAACCGUCAUUCUGAAUUGAAAGUUGAGAGACUCCAGUAUCAAUUCAAUGAUUAACUUUGAAAUGAUAUUGUGCUUCGAUAAAACUACACUAAGAUAAGCAACUUUAUGACCAGUAUUUCCGAAGAAUACCCGCUGAAC